GCAAAAAAAAAUCGUAGAAACCUCUAUCUAAGGCAAGCUCAUCUUCACUCGCUCUACUACUUUCAGUAUGUUCUCUUAUCAUCUGCCUGAAAAGAAUAACCCCCGCAAUCGAGAGGUCUCAUGUUUGUGCCGCCAGGUUCACAACAGAUCGAUAAAAGCGGCUGGAGCAAAUGAGAGAAAUCUUUCAAUCCAAUGCAUUUGCCAGGCAGCAGUUUCGAACGAAUAACGGUCGCGAUUGGACGUGUUGGUAUUUCUAACGCCGUAAAGCUCAAGCUCUUAAGCUGUGUUUAUCGCGUGUUUAUCGAUUGUGCACUACUUUAUCGGCUGAAGCAAUCAUAAAAACAACAAAAAUGGUACAGUGAAAACAACAGUGAUUUGUGAUACAGUUUUGAAACCUUCUAAACAAAUACACCAUAAAUAUGUUCUAUGUUUAAUGUGGUUUAAUAUUGAAAGGAAAACAUAUGAAAAACAAAUUAAACAAUGACAACGAGAAGACAACGAGUAUUAUUGAUUAAACUGUAAUUUGGUCGAAUCAAAUUCUUUCUGCUCCAUUGCUUGAUCCUAACAAUGGAUUGAAAAUAAAGGGAAUCGAAAUGUGACUGCUUUACUGAUAAUAGAUAAUUAAUGGAACCGCAUCGAUGUAAAACUGGCAGAGAGGAAGAAUAUGAAGAAAGAACUUCGCUCCUGCACAGCAUGCGGUGAGCCCAUUUCAGACAAGUACCUGCUAGACGUGGGCGGAUGCUCGUGGCAUUCAGCCUGUCUCCGUUGCUGCAUUUGCCACACUCCGCUGGAUCAUCAGCCGUCCUGUUUUCUUAAGGAUCAGCAGAUCUACUGCAAAAGCGACUACAUAAAAACCUUUGGUGCUAAAUGUGCUCGCUGUAGUCGAAGCAUUGCCGCUUCGGAUUGGGUACGUCGCGCUCGAGAACUAACGUUCCAUCUUGCCUGCUUUGCCUGUGAUAGCUGUGGACGGCAGUUGUCCACCGGGGAACAGUUCGCCCUGGCAGACGAUAAGGUCCUCUGCAAGACUCACUACUCGGAGAUGUUUGACUGCGGCACUUCCAGUGAUGAUGGCUGCGAAACGGAUGAGUUCCAGAAAAACAGCAAAUCGAAAAGGGUGCGAACAACAUUCACCGAAGAACAGCUGCAGAUUCUGCAGGCAAACUUCAACAUCGACAGCAAUCCCGACGGGCAGGAUCUCGAACGGAUAGCUUCAGUGACCGGCCUGAGUAAGCGGGUCACACAAGUUUGGUUUCAAAACUCCCGUGCGCGUCAGAAAAAGCACGUUCAAGUUCCUAGAGAUGGCGACCUGAAUCCAUUCGCCAGGCACAUUAAUCUCCAGCUGUCGUACACAUUCCAACAAUCGACCGUAAUGCACAAUCCGAUACACAUGGGCGCUAUGGCUAACGUUGGCCAUUCCGGUAGUAUUAACUGCAACAGCGGCAGCAUCAAUAACAACAUUACGGUAGCAGCUUUUAGUAAUAACAACAAGGCAAAUAGUUCGUCAAAGUCAUCCCCAUACAGCAGACAUGGUAGAAUCGUCGUUGGAUGAGUUAUCAGAGGACUCCGCCAUCCACUGCAUGCAGAACGAAAUGUGAACCGGAUGGACAAAUGUUUUAAAGUAUUAUUUAUUUUUAAUAGCAAAGAUAUUUAGGAAAUGAAAAAAAGUCAUGAAACUGCAUAAUUAGUUAAGUAAUUAUUUAUCUUAUUCAUUUAAGAAUUAAUGGAUCAGUAAUUUGUUGUAUUAGUUGUGUAAUGUGCAGUUUUCUAUGUUUUCAUUAAUAGAAAUGAUCCUUGGGCAGAAGCGAUUUUAAAACAUUUGCAAAUCAAAUUUGCAUCAUGUAUAAGUCAUUGAAUAAGCUAAUAAAA